AUGGGGCACCCCAGAAAUGGAAUUGAAAAUUGCCGAAAUAAUCUGUUCUCUACACUUUACAGGUCUCAUGUUAAGUUCAUCGCUAAUUUCGAUUUGGACGAUUUCCCGGUUGCUGGAAACGGUAGCUUACCGAAUGUGCUGAAUGAAAUCAACGACGAGAAUGUCAACAUUGCUGAAAUUAUCGUUGACUGGAAACUGACUAAGCAAAAGGUGGCAGUGUUUGACAUGCACAACGUCUAUCGUAACGAAAUUAUACCAGGAGAAAGCAAGCAAUACGGAUAUGUUAUCCACUCCAGUCGUCGACUCUUCAUUCUUCAUAUGAGGUAG